AUGAAUACGGAAAGGAUUUACAUGAAAGAAUUUAAUUACUUAGAAUUUGAUGCAUUAUAUCGAGACUAUGCUAAGAAGCAUAAUCAAAUUAUUGGUGAUUUAUUAAAUCCAAAACUUAAGAAGAAAAAACUUCCAAAAGUCGUCGUUGUGCAACCUGAUAUGAGAACUGGUUAUGGAAAUCGUCUUGCUGGAAUAGUUUGUGGCUUUUUAUAUUCAAUUGUUUCUGAUAGGCUUUUUUUUAUUGAAGGUUACAAACAUUUUGAUGAAUUUUUUUUAUUGGAUUUCGAUCAUGAUUGGAAUGUUAUCAAAAAAUUUUAUUUCAAAAAUACUUCAAGAUAUUUACAUGACGUUCAUAAAGUAAAUGAUUUUAAAUUAAUAACAAAUGGUAAUUUUAAAGAUGUUGAAUCUUUUGAUAUUUUAUAUGUUCAUACUUGGGAUUACGUCUGUGCUCCUUUAAUGUCAAAUCCUCAUUACAAAGAUUGGAUUGGUAAAUUAAUACCUGAUUAUAGAAUUUUCACUGCAAUUAGUUUAAAAUUAUUUAGAUUAAAGUUGGAUUUUGUCGAUCAAGUAAAAAAUUUUAUAGACAAUAAUUUUGCUGAACAUAAUAUAGGCGUUCAUAUAAGAACGAAAAAGGCUUUACAUAACUUGGAGAUUCCUAUAGAACAUUAUUUUAAUGUUGUAAGAAUGCUUUUGAUGGGAAUUGAAGGAAAAAAUAUUUCUGUCUUUAUUGCAUCUGAUACAAAUGAAAGUCGUGAAAAAUUAGCAAAUUUACUUGAUUCUACUAAAUACAUUAACAAAAAUACUGUUAAUAUUGUUUAUGUGGAAAAUGAUAUGAGAAUUUAUAAUCCCUGGACUUUAAACCCUGGUACUGAAGCAAAUGCUCUUAUCGAUAUGAAAAUUCUUAGCUUUUGUGAUGAUCUGGUGAUUACUUAUGGUUCUUCUUUUGGCUUUAUUGCUGCUGGUUGGUCUUAUACUGCUAUUACUCGUCAAAGAGGUCCAUUUAUCUUAAUGCCUGUGCAAAAAUCUCCUCCUAAUUCUUUUUUGACUGAAGAUAAAGUUUUGGUAUGGGGUGCUGGUUCAAGUGAACCAUGUAUGUAUUUAAGUAAAUUGUUGAUUAGACAAGAGGAUAAAGAAAUUGUCGAUAUUUUUAAAAAAAAUCCAUUGUGGAUGCAUUAUAGUCAAUGUCAUUGGCCUACAUAG